AUGAGAUCAAGUCAAUCGAAAGCAACACUAAGGCCGACGGUUCUCGUACUUCUAACACUUCUUACAGCUGCUCUGGCAACAGCACCUGGAGGUUUUGAAUCCUCAUCAAGAGAACUAGUCACGGCCGCAUCUGCCAAUGACCGAAGAGCUAGAAUUGGAUACGUACGAAGCUCCCUGUGCGAUCGGUUUCACUAUGUUACGAAAGGGAAGCGAGCAAAGGACUUUGGGAGAUGGGUCAAAACCCAAGGCGGAGAGCCAAGAAUAUUCUCGAUGCAUGGUGGCGACGUGAACUUUGACGCGGGUGAUCUCGAAAAACUGGAGCUGGAGAACGAUUUAGUCUUCGUCAAGAGGAGGAAAGACGAUCCAUUCCUAUCAGAUCGUAUGAAUCUGAACUUCCACCAUGAUUCAGGUCGAUCCUUGUCGUUUUAUGAUGGCGAUACUCGACCGUUGAUAGAAAAGCCUGCUACUCCAUUUGAACUGUAUCUUCGAGCAGUGAAACUUUCGCUGGUCUUUGGACCAUUGAUGUCGACUGCUUUCAUUGCGACUAUUUCGAAGAAGUUCCGAAACGACAUUUGGUACAAGUGGCUCGCAAGGUGCCUCGCUUCAAGCGGGGCUGCUUUCAUCAAAUGGGGCCAAUGGGCUGCAACGCGCUCCGACAUGUUUUCACAAGAACUUUGCGACGCACUAAGCUCAUUACACAGCUCAGCGCCAUCUCAUUCGUGGAAUUUUACGCAAACUCAAGUUGAAUCUAGUUUGGAUAUUCCAGAGGGAGGCCUCCUCGAAGUGUUUGAUACAUUUGAUCCCGAGCCAAUUGCAUCUGGUUCCAUCGCUCAAGUUCACAAGGCGCGUCUUCAUAAUGGAGGAUUGGUUGCAGUGAAAGUCAGACAUCCAAGUGUCGCCAGAUUAAUCGACAUGGACUUUCGUCUGAUGGAGAUGCUUGGCUCGGUGGUGGAGAGUAUCCCUGGACUGAAAUGGUUAAAUGUUAAGGAUUCAGUAUCGCAGUUCAGUCACACUAUGGCAGCACAAGCGCACUUGAAUGUCGAAGCACACCAUUUGGAAGUAUUGAAUCAUAACUUUGGGUCAUGGAAGAACGUUCAGUUCCCGAAGCCUUUCUUUGCGUCUUCGGCAAUGAUCAUGGAGACAUUCGAAACUGGACGAGUCUGUACUGAUGUCUUGGACGAGUUUGACGAAGAGGCUUCAAGUCGUGGUAUGCCUGGUAAAGGUCAUGACCUGAUCCCAUUGAACAUGGCCGAGUCUCUUGUAACAAAUGGUGUGUCGAUGUAUUUGAAGAUGUUGCUUGUCGACAAUGUUAUGCAUGCCGACUUGCAUCCAGGCAAUAUUAUGAUUGAUGUCAUGCAAUCGAAGAACCAAGACAUAGAGGAUGCAAAGAUCCGGAUUACACUUGUAGAUGCUGGCAUGGUCGCACAACUGACAGAAGAAGAAAGUUCUACCUUCAUUGGUUUGCUGACAACCAUUGGUGAGGGUAACGGAGAAGCUGCGGCGGAAUUCGCUUUGCAGUUUUCUAUUGACAACGACUUAAGCGAAGAGGAGAAGAAACUUUUCAAAGAAGACAUGCGUGUUUUGUUUGAUAAGUGUUGCAAAGGCUACGGAACGGGCGUAGAUGUCGGUGAAGUAUUACGAGGAGUUCUGGGAUUGAUUCGGGACCACCAUGUCCGGAUAGACUCCAACUAUGCAACUUUGGUCGUCAACGUUUUGUGCGUUGAAUCCUUGGCAAAACGGGUUUGUCCAACAUACAACGCUUUGGACGCCUCCAAGCCGCUGCUCCAACAAUACCGAAAGCUUUGCUUUGACGAUGAUGGAUACACACCGCGAAAGAACGGAUCAUACCACAAGAAAAUAAAAAAGAUGAUGGCUUUUGUUCUCAACCGAGAUAAGAAAAGUCAAGAUGCUGCCUUCUUCAAGAAUAUUGCGAAGCAACGUCGCCGUGAUCAAUUGCUGGGCGCUUAG